UUGACUCCUUAGUUCUGUGCAUCGCUUCAGUUACACUUGACUUUGUAAUUUUUUUCCAUGUAAUUAUUUCACGUGUAUAAAUAGAAACGUCAAGCUAGUAAAAUGCGGGUGGCAGUCGUGGGCGCAGGUGUUAUCGGCGUCACCGCGGCCGUCGCGGUGAAGGAAGCUUUUCCGACCUUCGAGGUAACAGUGUUUGCCGAAAUCUUCACUCCUCACACAACGGGUGACGGGAGCGCGGGACUCUGGGGACCCUUUGUUCUCGCCGACACGGAUCCUAGGAAAAUUGUAGAAUGGUCUCUGCUGACGCAUAAGUGGAUGAAGAACUUUUGGAAAAGCGGUCGGGCAGCGGAAACCGGUGUGUCUCUGCUGCCGUGUUAUCGGCUCUCGUGUAAAAGCUACACAAAACCAGAAUGGCUGUCGGUGGUCUAUGGUGGCUGCGAGUUGACGGAAAAAGAGCUGAAAAGAUUGAGCAAGGCGAACAAAACCGAGUACACAGGUGGUGUACACUUCGUGACGUUCACUUGCGAGCCUGUAAAAUUAUUGCCUUACUUGAUGAAAAAGCUCGAAUCGAUGAAUGGACAGUUUGUACAACGAAAAAUCACGGACUUGAAACAAUUGGGGGAAGAAGGCUUCGACAUUGUUAUCAAUUGUACUGGUUUCGGAUCGAAAGAGCUUGUGGGCGAUAAAUCUGUCAGUCCAGUCAGAGGACAAGUUAUGAGAGUAAAAGGGCCUUGGUUGUUGGAAUGCACUCUAGAAGAAGGUCACCACGGAAAUUAUGUGAUUCCAAACAUUGAUUCGACAGUCUUGGGUGGUACCUAUCAGGAGGGCGACUAUGACUGUUCUAUAAACCCGUCAGACACUAAGUCAAUAAAAGAAGGAUGUGAACGCAUCUAUCCUUCAAUAAAGAAAUGCGGAAUAAUAAGUGAAUGGGCGGGUUUGCGCCCUGGAAGAGUCCAGGUCCGUUUGGAAUCGGAAAUUAUGAGUUCACUUAAAAAAAAAGAUCUUGUGAUUAUUCAUAAUUAUGGUCAUGGAGGCAGUGGAGUAACUUUAUGUUGGGGUUGUGCUUUAAAUGUUGUUGAAAUAUUGCAUCAGCAAUUGAAGAUUAAGAAUUUAUCCAAACUGUAA